AUGAACCGACUUCGACUACAACCUCAUCAACAACAUCCACAUCGACCUCCACGUCCACCUCCACUUCAACAACAUCCACAUCGACUUCCACGUCAACCGCCACUUCAACAACAUCCACAUCGACUUCCACGUCAACCUCCACUUCAACAACAUCCACAUCGACUUCCACGUCCAGCUCUACCUCAACAACAUCCACGUCAACCUCAACCUCGACUUCCACCUCAACAACGUCCACAUCAACUUCCACGUCCAGCUCUACCUCAACAUCAUCCACGUCAACUUCAACCUCAACCUCUACUUCUUCUUCGACAACUUCGACAACAACAUCGCCAUCAUGUUCAACUCCAUCUACAACAGGACAGAUUUUCAGUUUUAAUUCUGGUUCCGUUGCACUAA